AUGGACCGUCGACCCUCCGUCCUCAUCGUCUCCAUUGUCUCCCUCCUUCUCGCCUCCAUCUUCGUCGUCCUCCGCUUCGUCUCCCGUCUCGUCUUUGCCCGCCGUCUGGCCUGGCACGACCGCUUGAUCCUCCUCGCCUGGCUGCUCGAUCUUGGCUUCUGUCUCGCCCUCUUCUAUGCCACCUCCCAGGGUCUGGGCUUGCACGAUCCAGACAUCCCCGACGUCCACCGCAGCCGUCUGAAUCGCGCCAACUAUGUCUUCACCGUCCUCUACAACCCGUCCCUCAUGGCCGUCAAGUCCUCGAUCCUCGCCUUCUACCUCACCCUGGCCCGCGGUGAGAAACCCUUUCGUUGGGCCACCUACGCCACGCUGGUCGUCGUCAAUGCUGCCGGCCUGGCCCUGACCCUCGUCAACGUCUUCCAGUGCAGCCCCGUCGGGGCCGCCUUCGCCUCGCCCCCGUCCCCCCACGCCCGCUGCAGCGACAUCCUCACCCUCUACCUCUCCUCCUCGCCCGUCAACAUCGUCACCGACCUCGCCAUCCUCGUGCUGCCCAUGCCCAUCUUGACCCAGAUGCGUCUGCCGCGCCGCCAGAAGAUCAUCCUCGUCGUCACCUUCAGCGGCGGCUUCUUCGUCGCCGUCGUCGAUGUCAUCCGCAUCGCCUAUCUGCAGAAUGCCUCCACCGAGCGUCAGGUCGCCCUGAAGGAGCUGCAUCUACAGGACGCCUCCGGCGACGACUUCAACUGGUAUGCCUCGCUGUCCUUCAUGUGGUCCGUCGUCGAGGUCAACAUCUCCAUCGCCUGCGCCUGCGUCCCCAGCCUCAAGCCCUUGGUCGCCCGCCUCGUCCCCAAGUUGCUCCGCGGCUCGAACCCCAGUGAUCCCCCGACCACCGCCGCCGCGGCGACGACGAGCCUCUGCCGCAGUGAUGACCGUCCCGUCGACAUACACGAGUUCCUCGCCGGCGAGGCCUCCCUCACCGUGCCCACGACCAGCGCCUCGGAGCCGCAGACCAUCGCCUUCUUUGACUUUGUCAACCUGAAGACCCCCACCAGCAUGCUGAAGCUGAGCAACCGCGAGUCCAUCGCCCCGGUCGCCCUGACCACCGUGCUCUUCUUCCUCUGGGGGUUCGCCUACGGCCUGCUGGACAUCCUCAACGCCCAGUUCCAGCGCAUCGUGCGCCUUGACGCCUGGCGCUCGAUCGGCCUGCACGCCGUCUACUUCGGGGGCUACUUGCUGGGCCCACUGCUGCUGGGCCGCCUCGUGCUGACGCGCGCCGGAUUCAAGGGAACCUUCAUCACCGGCCUGUGCAUUUAUGCCUGCGGCACCUUGAUCUUCUGGCCCUCCGCCGUCUUGACCUCUUACUCCGCCUUCGCUGUCUCCAACUUUAUCGCCGGCGUCGGCCUGGCCGUGCUCGAGACCGCCGCCAACCCCUUCAUCGCCCUCUGCGGUCCGCUCGAGAACGCCGAGAUCCGCCUGAACCUCUCGCAGGGCGUGCAGGCCAUCGGCAGCGUCGUCUCGCCGCUGCUGGCCCGCAAGGUGCUGUUCCGCAACGUCACUGACGUCGCCGCCCUCGUCCGCGUCCAGUGGACCUACCUGGGCAUCGCCCUGUUCGACGUGCUGCUGGCCCUCGCCUUCUACUACCUGCCCAUCCCCGAGGCCUCCGACGAGGACCUGCAGCAGCUGGCCGACCGUCGCCGCGACGAGAACCACGCCCCCGUGCUGGGCGUGCCCGUCGUCUGGUUGACCCUGGGCCUGGCCGUGGCCUCGCAGUUCUUCUACGUCGCCGGCCAGGAGGUGCUCUCCCUGAGUUUCACCACCCUUGUCGGCGCCGCCCUGCCCCCUGGUUCCUCCCUCAACAGUUUCGAUUACCUGACCAUUGGCCGCGCCGUCUUCGCCGUUGGGCGCUUCCUGGCCGCUCUAUUGCAGGCGUUCUUGAAGCCACGCUGGAUCCUGCUCCUCGCGUACGUCGGUAUGGUUAUCACCGCAGGGCUGUGCAUGACCACGCGCGGCUACGCGGCCGUCGCGAUGGGCCUGCUCGUCUUCCUGUUUGAAAGCGGUGCCUUCAGCAUUAUCUUCGUCAUCGGCCUGCGCGGCACCGCACGUCACACCAAGACCGCCGCCACCUUACUGACCACCGCGAUCGGCGGCGGUUCCUGCUUCCCCUUUGUGCAGUUCGCCGCCCAGCGUGCCGACGGUGUCGCCUCCUCCUACAGCGUGUUAGUGGCUCUAUUCGCUGCCGGCGCCGUCUUCCCGCUGUAUCUGAACCUGGUGCCCGCCGCGCGGAAGCAGGUGGAUCCGGUGCCGGGCGAGACGCUGCGUCGACCGAGGCGGCGUUGUUCGCGACCCCUGGAGAACCCGUCCGUCGGCGGAGUGUACUCGCGUCGGCGGAGUGUGCUGGCGGAUGAUACGUCGCCGCCUUCGAAAAAGGAAGGCGGAAUCAUGCACGAUUUGGCGCCGUGGCCUGAAACUUAA